AUGUCGGCCGACGACGCACCCUAUUACGACCUCGGCAACUUCCACCGCGGCGUCACGACGUCAGAUGCCUCGGCCCAGCUGUGGUUCGACCGCGGACUGGUAUGGAGCUACGGCUUCAACCACGAGGAGGCGGUGCGGUGCUUCGAGCUGGCCAUCUCGCACGACGAGGCCUGCAGCAUGGCGCACUGGGGGCUCGCGUACGCCCUCGGGCCCAACUACAACAAGCCGUGGUCGCUGCUGGGCGGCGACGAGCGGGCCACCGUCGUGGCGCGCACGCACCGGGCGGUGGUGCUGGCGGAGCGGCACGCGUCGACGGACCUGGAGCGAGCCCUCGCCGGAGCCCUGCGGCGUCGGUACCCGGAGCCGACGGGGGGCGACUUCUCGUCCUGGAACGUCGAGUACGCCGACGCCAUGGCCGGCGUGUCCGCCUCGUACCCGGACGACCCGGACGUGUCGGCGCUCUACGCCGACGCCAUGAUGAACCUCACGCCCUGGGCGCUGUGGGACCUGCGCACGGGGGAGCCGGCGCCGGGGGCCCGCACGCUCGAGAUCGAGCGCGUGCUCGGCCGCGCCCUGUCCCUCGACGGGGGCAGCCGCCACCCGGGCCUGCUGCACCUGUACAUCCACCUCAUGGAGAUGUCGGCCCGUCCCGAGGCGGCCCUGCCGGCCGCCGACCGCCUGCGUGACCUCGUCCCGGACGCCGGCCACCUCAGACACAUGCCCAGCCACAUCGACGUCCUGGUGGGCGACUACGCGGCCGCCGUCGAGGCCAACUCACGCGCCGUCGCCGCCGACGAGGCCUUCCUGCGCCGCCGGGGACCCCGCAACUUCUACACCCUGUACCGCGCGCACGACUACCACUUCCGCCUGUACGGGGCCAUGUUCUCGGGCCAGUCCGCCGUCGCCCUCGACACGGUCGCGCGCCUGGAGGAGACCGUCACCGACGACGUGCUGCGCAUCCGCUCGCCCCCCAUGGCCGACUGGCUCGAGGCCUUCCUGGCCAUGCGCGUGCACGCCCUGAUCCGCUUCGGCCGCUGGCGCGACAUCCUCGACCGCAUCCAGCCCCCGCCCGACCGGGACCUGUACUGCGUCACCACCGCCGCGAGCCACUACGCCAGGGCCAUGGCGCACGCCGCCCUGGGCGAGGUCGCCGACGCCGAGGACCAGCGCCGCCUCUUCCGCUCGGCCCUCGCCCGCGUCAAGCCGUCGCGCACCCUGUUCAACAACUCGUGCUCCGACAUCCUGGCCGUCGCCGCCGCCCUGCUCGAUGGGGAGGUCGAGUACCGCCGCGCCAGCUAUGAGGCCGCGUUCGAGCACCUGCGCGAGUCCAUCCGCCGGUACGACGCCCUCCCCUACGACGAGCCCUGGGGUUGGAUGCAGCCCGCCAGGCACGCGUACGGGGCCCUGCUCCUCGAGCAGGGGCACGUCGACGACGCUCUGGCCGUCUAUGCGGCCGAUCUGGGCUUCGACGGCUCGCUGCCCCGCGCGCACCAGCACCCGAACAAUGUGUGGGCGCUGCAUGGGUACCAUGAGUGUCUUGUCAGGCUGGGUAGGGAGAGGGAGGCUGGCGAGAUCAAGCCAAAGCUGGAUGCUGCGCUCGAGGUGGCCGAUGUGCCUAUUCGAUCUUCUUGCUUUUGCAGGAGGGGUGUCGAUUGA